AUGUCUGUCAUCAACAAGGUCGUCGCCCGUCAGAUCUUUGACUCUCGUGGCAACCCUACCGUCCAGGUUGACCUCUACACCGACAAGGGCUUCUUCCACGCUGAGGUCCCCUCGGGCGCUUCCACUGGUGCCCACGAGGCCGUCGAGCUCCGUGACGGUGGCAAGGACUACGUCGGCAAGGGAGUUCUCAAGGCCGUCAAGAACGUCAACGAGAUCAUUGGUCCUGCCCUUAUCGAGUCCAAGCUGCCCGUCACCUCGCAGAAGGAGAUUGACGACCUCAUGAUCAAGCUUGAUGGCACCCCUAACAAGGGCAAGCUCGGCGCCAACGCCAUCCUCGGCGUCUCGAUGGCCGUCACCGAGGCCGGUGCUGCCGACAAGGGCCUCCCCCUCUACGCGUACAUUGCAUCGCUUGCCGGCGUCAAGGAGCCCUACAUCCUUCCCUGCCCCUCGUUCAACGUCAUCAACGGUGGCUCGCACGCCGGCAACGCUCUCGCCUUCCAGGAGUUCAUGCUCCUUCCCACCGGCGCUUCGUCGUUCACCGAGGCUAUGAAGAUGGGCUCGGAGACCUACCACGUCCUUAAGAAGGUCAUCGUCAAGAAGUACGGCAUUGACGCGGUCAACGUUGGUGACGAGGGUGGCUUCGCUCCCAACGUCUCGGGUGCAGAGGAGUCGCUUGACCUCCUUACCGAGGCCAUUUCCGCCGCCGGCUUCACUGGCAAGAUCCAGAUCGGCCUCGAUGUCGCGUCGUCCGAGUUCUACAAGGACGGCAAGUACGACCUCGACUUCAAGAACCCCAACUCGGACUCGUCCAAGUGGCUCACCGGAGCCCAGCUCGCCGACCUCUACCACGGCUACUGCGACAAGUACGACAUCUGCUCGAUUGAGGACCCCUUCCACGAGGACGACUUUGACGCUUGGGCCCACUACAUGCAGACCGCCAAGAUCCAGAUUGUCGGUGACGACCUCCUCGUCACCAACCCCCUCCGUAUCAAGACCGCCAUUGAGAAGAAGGCGUGCAACGCCCUCCUCCUCAAGAUCAACCAGAUCGGCACCAUCUCGGAGUCGAUCCAGGCCGUCCAGCUCUCGCAGUCGAACGGUUGGGGUGUCAUGACCUCGCACCGCUCGGGCGAGACCGAGUCGACUUUCAUUGCCGACCUCUCGGUUGGUCUUCGCACUGGCCAGAUCAAGACUGGUGCCCCGUGCCGCUCGGAGCGCACUGCCAAGUACAACCAGCUUCUCCGCAUUGAGGAGCAGAUUGGUGCGGGUGCCGUCUACGCCGGCGGCAAGGGUCUCUCGAAGGGUACCGAGGCCCCUGCUCUCCAGUCGGAGUAA